UUCAAUAACAAAGAAAAUCGCAGCUCCAAACAGGAACUGAUGCUAAACCCUACCUGAACCCUUUGAACACACGCAGAUCAAACAAUGUCUCUUGGGAUUCUUCGAUCGCGAGCCCUUUCCUGCGCAUCCAACUGCUACCGUCGACGCCUCCUCUGCACCAAUUCGAAUUCGGCUUCGGCUUCGGCUUCUCUCGCCGAGCCGUCCGCUGCGCCGUCGAGCCGGUGGAACUUCCUCAAGUACGCUUUCGUCGCCGCACUCACCGGAGCCACCGCCACUGCCGGUUACGCCACUUACGCCUACAGUUUGGAUGAAAUAGAUGACAAAACGAGGUAUUUCCGUGAGUCAGCUAAGUACGGUGCUGGUGAUGGAGCUACUGCCCUCGAUAAAUUUCAAGGGUUGCUAUACUCAACAGCAAUGACAGUGCCUGUUAAAGCAAUGGAGCUUUAUUUGGAUGCAAGAAGGCUAAUUGAAGAACAAAUUCAGAAUUAUACUGAACCGUACACAGACAAGCUCCUUCCAGAUUUGCUUCCUCAGGAGAAACAUGUGUUUACACUUGUUCUAGAUCUCAAUGAGACAUUGAUUCACUAUGUCUGGACGCGAGAUACAGGCUGGCAGACAUUUAAGAGACCUGGUGUUGAUGCUUUCUUGGAACAUCUAGCUCAGUUUUAUGAAAUUGUUGUGUAUACUGACGAACAAAAAGAGUUUGUGGACCCCGUUUUGGAUAGGCUGGAUACCAAGCAUUGCAUAAGAUAUAGGCUAUCCAGGCCAGCUACCAAGUAUCAGGAUGGGAAACAUUUCAGAGAUCUUUCAAAGCUAAACAGAAAUCCAGCAAAAGUUCUCUAUUUAAGUGGCCAUGCUUUGGAAGGUUGCCUUCAAUCUGAGAACUGUGUCCCUAUUAAGCCAUGGCAGCAGCAUGAUAAAGAUGACACAGCUCUUUUAGAUUUUAUACCAUUUCUUGAGUUUGUUGCCCGUAGUAGUCCAGCUGAUAUAAGACCAGUGCUGGCAUCUUACCAGGGGUGUGAGAUUCCGUCUGAAUUCAUUAGGCGUUCCAAAGAUCAUCAGAGGAGAAUGCAAGAACAGAAGCAGCGGGGUCGCUUAUGGAGAAAUUGAUCCCAGAAUAACACUAAAUUGGACAAAAAAUUGUAUUGACUUAAGGCUAGGAAAUGAGAAUUUUGUCAGUUUCAUUGCAAGUGGAUGAGUCAUUACAUCAUAUUAAUUUUAGACAGAAAAUGUGGAUUUUUAUUUAGCAAGUAUCGGUCAAUUCCCCCCCCCCCCCCUAAUUCCAUCGCUGCAAAGCACCUAUUGAUUUGAUGUCCGUUAUUCUAAGUAUAACUUUGUAUUGUGACGCAUUUAA